CAUCAGUUUGGCAGCCUACACGCACCUUUAAUCAAUCAAACAAGUCGUUGAAUUUGUAAAUUGCUGUAACAAAAUAGUUAUCUUUAAAAGUAUAAGAGACGACGGGACACUUUUCGUAUCAACAUUCCCAUUAACAAGACGCUUGGACACUUUGUAUAUCUUUAUUUUAUAUUAACUUCAUUCGAGUUUCGACUUUUUUUAUAGAUUUUAACAACAUCAAAUCUCUGUUUAAUAAUUUGGUUGCGUGAGUUUUGCUUAUCUGAAUUAAUUUUAAUUUUAUUCGUACAAAAUGGAAAGCUGCGAAUAUCAAGAACUGAAGGUUCGAAACGAGUGCGAAAAAGAGAGGUUGUGGUGUUUGUUAAAACAGUUAUUAAUAUGCAGCACUGUUUGGACGCAGUUCUUUAUGACCGGGUUGUCUGUGGGCGCCACAACCGUUAUGGUUCCUCAACUAAAGCGUGAACAGUCUACUGAGAUCAACGCUGAACUGAUUUCCUGGUUGUAUUCCACAACAAGUUUUGCGAUCCUGCCCUGGGUGUUCAUUCUGCCCUACUUCACUUCGCUGACAGGAAGGAAGUUCCCGCAGAUUGUUAACAGCGUCAUCACAACAACUUCAUUCCUCAUAUUGUACUUCGGCUCCGAAAUAAAACAUAUCAUAAUCUCUGAAAUAAUUCAGGGUUAUUUUCACGCGGCGAACAUUACUUUGAUGGUGAUCAUACUAACUGACUACAGCUCUGUUAAGUAUCGUGGUAUAUUUUUGGGUAUGAAAGACGCUUCCUUUUUUUGGGGAAUGUGGAUGGCGAAUUUUAUCGGAACUUUCUAUCAUUGGAAGAACGUAGCGUUGCUUGGAAUAAUUUGUAGUUUAUACACGUAUAACGUGAUUUUUUGGAAGGAAUCCCCAGUGUGGUUGGCGAGCAAAGGACGGAUUGAAAAAUGCAAAAUGUGCUUUAGAUGGAUCCGUGGCACUGACAAAGAUUCGGAAAAAGAAUUGCAAGAAUUAAUAUCGGAUGAGCCUCAAAUAAAAUAUGACAUAAUUAGGUUUAUUGACACGAUUAGUUCUCCCGAAUUUUACAAACCACUCCUUUUAUCAUUGGUAGCAGUAGCCCACUACCAUCUUUCUGCGAAAAUGGUUUGUAGUUUGUUUGUGUUGGAUAUAUUGAAAAUUAUUACUAAGGACGAGAACUCCGCCUACACGGGAAUGUUAAUUUUGGAUGGGGUAACAGUAUUUGGUACUUAUGUAGGUUCUUAUUUGGUGAAAAUUCUAAAACGAAGGACUUUAUAUAUGUUCACAUCGUGUUGUGUUGUUGCUUGCCUUUUAAUUAUAUCUUUAUACUUAUAUUUGGUUAAAUGGAAAGUCUUAGAGGAAAAUAACUAUGUCCUGAUGGUAUUCUUCUGUAUGCAUUCUGCGGCCGUGAGCUGUGGACCAGUCGUUCUUGCAGUUUCUGUGUUUGGAGAACUAAUAAGUCCGAGAUUCCAGGCUACAUCUUACACCGUAACAGGCGGCACCUUUUGUAUAAUUAACAUGAUAAUAGUGAAGUGUUCGCAUCAAAUGUUCCGGGUUUUCGACGUCAGCGGUACAUUCCUUUUCUACGGUGUAAUGUGCUGUAUUUGUACUUCAUAUUUAUAUAUGUUUUUGCCGGAAACAAGAAACAAAACAUCCAAGGAAAUCGAACUAUAUUUUAGACCUAAAGCAAUGGGAGACAUGUAA